AUGUCAAUGGAAGAUGAUUUCUCGGAAGACGAUGAGAUGAUGAACACGAACAUGAACAUGAUUGAAGGAGCAUCAGACUCGGAAGCAGAGUCUCUCUCCGAUUCCGACUCCGAAAACGAAAUCACCGAGAAACUCCCCGAGCCGACGAAAACCGCCAUAAACAACAGAGACGGCCUCCUCGACAAGCUCCAAGACAUCGCCUGGCCUGAAACCGUCGAGUGGAUCCACAAGCUCACCGUCGUGACCGAUCAGGGAGAAACCUCCAUCGACGUGAACGACGACCUCGCCAGAGAGAGCUCCUUCUUCAACCAAGCGCUCGAAGGGACUAAAGAAGCCUGCUUGAAGCUCCAGGAAAUGGGCUUACCUUUCCUCAGGCCGGCCGAUUACUACGCGGAGAUGGUGAAAUCGGACACUCACAUGGAGAAGGUGAAGUCGAAGCUUUUAUACGAGAAGAAGCAGAUUGAGGAGAGUGAAGAGAGGAGGAAAGCUAGGGACAGCAAGAAGAUUGCCAAGGAGGUGCAUUCUCAGAGGACGAAGGAGAAGUCUAAGCAGAAGAAGGACGAUAUUGAGUCUGUCAAGAAGUGGAGGAAGCAGAGGCAGCAGAGCGGGUUUAGCGAUAAAGGACCCGAGCUUGAUCUUGAGUUUGGCAACGGGAAGAGUUUCACGAAAGGUGGUGGGAAGAAGAGGCCGGGGGUGACUCCUGGGGAUAGGUCUGGAGGGAAAGGGAAGUCGGUGUCGAGGAUGGGGAACAAGAAGAGGGAGUUUAGGGAUUCCAAGUUUGGUCAUGGUGGUAGGAAGGGGCUGAGCAAGCAGAAUACGGCGGAGACGACGAAUGACUUCAAAGGCGGUUUCCGGGGAGGUAAAGCUCAAGCCGCCGGGAACAAGAGGCAGAAGAGAUGA